AUGAAUCUCCCAGUGUUGACCUGCACUCUCUGUGCACUGCUAAGCCAGAUGGCCCAAGCUGGCUGGGGAGUCAAAAACUGCUGGAAGAAUGAUGUGGGAUUCUGCCGAAGAAGGUGUCUAGAUGAUGAAAGGUAUAUACGUCUCUGUAAGAACAAGCUAUCAUGCUGCAUUUCCUUAAAAUUCUCAUAUGACGUCACUCGAAGGCCACCACCUGCCACAAUCAACAUAGAAGAUAUCACAGAUAUCAUUGAUUUGGAUCAAUCUGAUUUCCCAGUGUCCGUGAUCAAUGAUGAGGUGACAUUUUUUGGAAAUCCAGAAACCACUGCCACCUUCCUCCUCCCGUUUCGUGUUGCUGGCCAGGACAUCAGGUCUCCAUCGCACAAGAUGUUCCAGGUCAGGGAUGCAGAUAAGAGGGAGUUUCCGCACCAGUAG